GACGCACGUAAGCAGCCACGGAAGGGAGCCCUGCCUCUAGAGCGGCGAACCGACGUCCCGCCUCUUCCCUCACAGCCGGCCUGGGACCGCUUUUUUACCAUUAGGAACUGGGCCGCCAUGGCCGGAGCCUUGUCGCUUCCCUUUAGCCACUGCAGCCUGAGGAUGAGGGACCGGCGGCAGGUCGGCUAGGCCUUUCAUAGGCCUCGUCACAUCCCCGGGAGCAGGGACUGGCCGCUUCUGUUCCUUCCUCGCCUUUCGCUUCCAACAAAGAGACCGUGAGGCGCAGGAGCAGCAGCAAUUUCCUGUCUGUCCCCCUGGAUUCAUUGCACCGUUACUCGGCCUCUCUCACCUCUGCUCUGGGCUCCACGGCUUCUCUCUGGGCCCUGCCGCCAGGACAGGCCUCGUCUCACUCCCGCUUUGGCCUUCUCCUCAGCGGCCCUCCUGCCUACACUUCUGUCUGAUCCCUAAGCACUGGGGCCUCCCGCCAGUCGCACUCAAUCAUGGAGACCAAAACCAUCGUGUACGAUCUGGACACCUCUGGGGGUCUAAUGGAGCAAAUUCAAGCACUGCUGGCUCCACCAAAGAGUGAAGAAGGGGAGAAGAAAAGUAAGAGGCUAGAAAAGGAACCCAGGAGAAGUGGAAGGGCCACCAACCAUGAUAGCUGUGAUAGCUGUAAGGAGGGUGGUGAUCUCCUGUGCUGUGACCACUGUCCGGCUGCAUUCCACCUCCAGUGUUGCAACCCUCCACUGAGUGAAGAGAUGUUGCCUCCAGGAGAGUGGAUGUGUCAUCGCUGCUCUAUACGCAGGAAGAAACGUGAACGUAAGAAGGAGUUGGGGCAGGUAAAUGGUCUGUUUGACAGAUAUGGAAGGAGGACUGCUUCCCCAACCAGUGAUCUGGAUUUCUCGGAGAAAGCUCCUGGCACUUUCCGAGCCCUUGCACAAGCCAGAAUGCUGGAAAGGAGAGUCAGUCGCCCCGGAACCCCAACAUCCAGCGCCAGCACUGAUACUCCAACUUCUGAGCAGAAUGAUGUGGAUGAGGACAUGAUUGAUAUGGACGAUGAACCAACUGCUUUGGACUCUGAGUGCAGCCAUUCUCAGCUCAAGAGACCUUUCCAGCUGCUCAUUGCUGCAGCUAUGGAGAGGAACCCUACCCAGUUCCAGCUGCCCAAUGAACUUACAUGCACCACUGCACUUCCAGGCACCAGCAAGCGGCGUAGGAAAGAGGAAAUGUCGGGAAAGAAUGUCAAGAAAGCACAGCACGAAUUGGAUCACAAUGGCCUGGUUCCUUUGCCUGUUAAAGUUUGCUUCACUUGUAGCAGGAGCUGUCGAGUUGCACCUCUCAUUCAGUGCGAUUACUGCCCACUUCUCUUUCACAUGGACUGUUUGGACCCACCGCUCACUGCCAUGCCAACUGGCCGAUGGAUGUGCCCCAACCAUAUUGAGCACAUUGUGCUUAACCAGAAGAGUAUGACCCUGAGUAAUCGAUGCCAGGUGUUUGACUGCUUCCAGGACAGCAUUUCUCAGCAUGCUGUAAAGCUAAACUUCCUGAGCCGUAUUCACAAGCUCAAUCCCCCUAACCGCAGAUUGCUGCCGUCCGUCAAAAACCCCACUGUUAAGGUUCCAGAGGCCAUCAAAGCACAGUAUCAAGCCCCUCCUCAGCUAAUUCCUCCAGCCGGAAUACGAGAUGGAGAAUUGAUCUGCAGCGGUGACCCUGGAGAAUCACAAAAGCACCUAUUGCACUCUGAGCACUUAGCUAACCAAAGCGAGCAGCAAGAGUGGCUCCGUAGUGUGGUUGCCCUGCAGUGCAGUAUACUGAAGUAUUUAUCUGCUAAGCAUAUGCCUCCUCCAUCCUGGACCUCUGAUGAGACCGACUCAUUGGACAUCAAGCCAGUGAUUACAGCUGACGGCUCUGUUUCCAACUGUCAGUUGCACCCCGAGGGCAAGCCCCAGUUCCCCACACGUGUAGGAUUGCAUUGUGCUGGUCACACGUCAUCUUUACAGGAGGAUACUGCUCACGUAAUGACAAAACCAUGUCUCACUGCUGCUUGUGGCACCACAAAUGGACCGGCUGCAUCAGAGUCCAAAUCAAAUGGGCCUCAUGUUAACAGUGUUAGCCCAGAGCUAACGGAUCCCCAAAGGCUGACUGGACAGACUGCGGUGUUAUCACACUGGCCUCGGCCAGGCACCCCAACAGCGGCCGUGCCUCUCCCAAACCACAUUGUGAAAUCGGAAACUUCAACAGGGUCAUCGAUGUGCACUCAGAGGCUGCCCAUACCAGCCAUAACCCCUCCAAGCUCCUGUACUAGUCCUGAACCCUCUAGCACUUUGUCAAGGAAAAAUGCUCAGACUCCGCUAGGGACUUCUGUGAAGCAACAUGAUUCAAGGCCUGUGAGUUCCCCUUUAUCUGGUACCAGGGCACUUACUCCUCCACAAGCUGUUUGUGACAUACUAACCUGUGCAGCUCCUGGUGCCUCAAGGCUUUGUGCAGCAGCACCACCUACAGAUGGCAAAGUCAGACCUAGUGCAUUGCUUCUGGAUACGGCUUCAAGUGCUCCUUCCACAUUAACCAUAAACUCUUCUGCUAUGAUGGAGCUAACGAAUUCCCUCCGAACAUUAAUGGAUGGCAAUGGGGAAAUCCAGAUUAAUCUGUUGGAUGAUAAAUUGGUGAAGUUCUUGGCCAUGCAGAGAAUCCAGGAGAUAUUCUCGUCCAAAGAGCGUCCUGUAGCAAGUGUCACCCGUCCUGUAGCACCUUCACUCACAAACCACUUAGAAGCCCAGAAAAAAGAUGUACAAGCCAGGGCUGUAUUCUAUCCUCUAAUGAUGGGUGUUGGAGCUCCUGUGAAUAUGUGCUACCGGACUCUCUAUAUUGGCACAGGAGCAGACAUGGACGUGUGCCUUACAAAUUAUGGCCACUGCAACUAUGUGUCCGGCAAACACGCCUGUAUAUUUUACGAUGAAAACACAAAGCAUUAUGAGCUGUUAAAUUACAGUGAACAUGGAACGACUGUGGACAACGUGCUCUAUUCCUGUGAUUUCUCGGAGAAAAUCAUCCCGACCCCACCAAGCAGUAUUGUUGCCAAAGUGCAAAGUGUUUCAAAACGCCACAAAAGCCAAAAUCCUGAGGAAGAGGCAGUGAAAGAAGAAGCCGUUAUGAACUGUCAGGCCCAAGGCCCUGGUCAGCAGUCGUGUAACUGCAAAGCCAGCAGCUCCAGUCUCAUUGGAGGAAGUGGAGCCGGCUGGGAAGGCACCGCCCUUUUGCACCAUGGAAGUUAUAUUAAGUUGGGUUGUAUCCAGUUUCUCUUCUCAAUCACAGAGUUUGCAAGCAGGCAGCCCAAAGGUGAAAGCGAUGCCUUAGCACAAGAGCUGGACUUGGACAACAAAUUGUCUCUCAAACCCCCUCACCAGGUGUCGGUCCUACGCUCCAGUUCUGUUCCUUAGCAACCAACGACUAGAACUCGACCAGACACAAACGAGUUCAGCGGGAAGAGUUUGCACAUUUGCAUGACAUGAAGAAAAGUUCACCUUUUUUAUUUUUUUUCUUCCCUUCCCCUUUUGCUCAGAUUUUAGGGGCAUUUGCACAUGUUUCUAUCAUACAUUUCAUAUAAUAUAAAUAUAUAUAAAUAUAUAUUUUUUUUAUUAAAAGAUAAAAAAAUAAUCCUCCUCCUUUCCCCGCCCAGAAUGAAUUUGCUAAAACGUGAUCAAAACAUUUUGAAUACUUUCUGAAAUCCAAAAAAACGUUCUUUUUCUUUCGUGCAAUUGUAAAUGAAUCCACGUCCAUUCUUUUUGGUGCAUAUUUUUUCUUUUUCUUAAAGAAGAAGAACAACAAUCCCCUUCAGUACGUUUCAGUUGUUCAGUUAUUCGGUGCAAGUCUCGCAGAUCUGCCUAAAGUUGCAAUAAAAGGAGCUUCAUAGAAACAACAAGGACAGGGUGGAGAUUUUUGUACAAUUUCAAGAGACUAAAAUACUUUAACUCCAGACACACCCUCCUUCUACUUAAACUUUUUUUUUAAAUAAAUUUUAAAUGUG